AUGAUAUUUCAGGCUGGUUGUUUGUUUCUGUCACUUGUGGGGGGAAUUAUAGGUUUACCCUUAGACGCAGAACAGGAUACAUCUCCUUACUUUGAUUAUCCCCAGCGUCGGAUUUACAAUGGUGAUGAAGCUGGUCUCGUGCCUCAUAUGGUAGCUUUGGUCAUCAGUGAAUAUACCAAAACCUUCUUAUGUGGUGCCUCCCUUAUUACAAAACGACAUGUACUCACCGCCGCUCACUGUGUCCAUGGUCUUAAGAAAAACGGUGCACUGAUGGAAUCUGCAAGAGGAAUAGUUGGAACAAAUUAUUGGAACAAGGGUGGAACUCAAUAUACCUUUUCUAGCAACAUUCCUCAUCCUGAAUGGAAUUCAAAAACAAAAAAGAGUGAUAUUGGUAUACUUAUCACGUCACAACCGGUGACACUAAAUGAAUAUGUGCAGAUCGUUACUCUCAAUUUUAAUUUUAUCGGAGGUAACGUCCCUGUUGUUGUCAACGGAUGGGGUAGACUUCAAAAGGAUGCCAACAAUCCUUCACCUUCACUCCAGGAACUUCAAACAUAUACUAUUGACAGCAGUUCGUGUGCAUCUCGUAUAGCGAAUCCACUAAAUGCUGCAACCAUUUUCGAUCCAAACAGGGAUAUUUGUACUUUUAGUGAUAAGAACUCAGGCGUAUAUUUUGGUGAUUCAGGCAGCCCAGUAAUACUUCAAAAUACUAGACAGCAAAUUGCUGUCGUAUCGAGGGUAUUUAAAUCGCCUACUUCCAGAUAUCCCGACCUGUAUGUGAGAGUUAGUGCCUACAAAGAUUGGAUUCUACAAAUUAUACGAUUGUAG